UUUUCUAAUAUUGUGACUCUAUCUUUAUUGCUUUCUGCUUGUUUUGUUUCUCUUAUAAUCUUCCUAUAGUAACUACUGUACAUUGCACUUUGAAAAUUCAAAGUUAAAAAAAAAAACAAUGAAGACAUUGUACAUUCUGUAACAUUUCAAAAAAAAAAAAAAGUGUACUGUGUACAGACUACAGACUACAGAGUAACAGCAAAAUAAGGCACAAAACUAGAAUCUUGUUCCUUCAUUUUCUCUACCUGUAUGGAUGUGUAAUGAAGUGGAGGUGUUUCACCAGCUGAACAAUCGAUCCCUCUUGUCUGGACAAGGAUCUUUGGAAGUGGCCAAUUGUUUGAUGUGUAUCUUAUAGAUUGUUUCCUGCUAAUCAAAUCUUGAGGCAAGGCAAGUUGUUUAUUUAGUUUGUGAAAAUUUGAUUCAUUUCCAAAUAAUAGAUAUGGGUAGCAAGAAUGAUACUCAAGGACAAAAGAGGAACAAGGAUGCGGCGAAUUUUCAGUCACCAAAUAUGUCGUUGGACUGGCAAUUAAGUGGCAGCAACUUGACAAAUGCAUCCAUGGGAAUGAUCCCUAAUAGCAAUCCUUUAGUAGAUUCAGUUUUUCCCACUAUUUGGGAUCGGCCUACCAAUUCGCCACAGUUAAAUUUCUAUGGUAAUAAUGCUCAAAUCAAUCCUUGCACUAUGAAUCAGCACGAGAUUGCAGCAAUUGGCUUGGGCCCUGCAAGAGGUGUUAUGAGUUGGAAUCCACCAAAUGCUAUGCUGAAAGGGGCUAUGUUUGUACCACCUAUUCCUGGAAUGAUUCCUCAAAGCUUAGCUCAGCUUCCAGCUGAUUCGGGGUUCAUUGAGAGAGCUGCAAGGUUUUCGUGCUUCAGUGGAGGAAACUUCAGCGAUAUGAUGAACCGGCCUUUAAGCGUCCCUGAGUCUACUAAGCCUUGUUAUAGGGGACUGGCACCAACGUGGAGAACGGAAGAGGUUCUUGCAAGCAACGGGUUAAACUCACCCUCUGCUGUGGACCCUCAGAAGCAGAACAUACGAAGUGGUGUUGAUAGUUCCAAAGAUGUUUAUUUACCUAAUGAGAACAAGACUCAUGAGCAAAGCCCUCUCAAGAAUGAGAAAAAGAAUGAAAUAUUUGCUAGGUCUCAGGAUGAAGGAAAAGAAUCAGUUGGAUUGUCUGGAAAUGAGUCUGAUGAGGCUGAAUGUAGUGGCCGUCAAGAGGAAAUGGAAAGUGCCGGAUUGGAGUCUUCCGCGAAGGGCCUUGGCUCAAGGAAAAGGAAAACAUAUAGUCAGGGUACCGAGCUUGAUCGAAUGAAGGGAGUACAACAGCUGCCAGCUGAACCUGAUAAAGAACUAACUAAAACUCAGAAAGGAGACGGAAGCUUACAUUCACCUUCUAGCAAGCAUGGUGGAAAAAACAGUAAACAGAGGUCUCAAUCUUCAGAUCCACCUAAAGAAGAAUACAUACAUGUUCGAGCUCGAAGAGGCCAGGCAACGAACAGCCAUAGUCUUGCAGAAAGAGUAAGGCGAGAGAAAAUCAGUGAAAGGAUGAAAUUUCUGCAGGAUCUUGUACCUGGUUGCGACAAGGUCACUGGUAAAGCUGUAAUGCUGGACGAAAUCAUUAAUUAUGUUCAAUCUUUGCAAAGACAGGUUGAGUUCCUCUCGAUGAAGCUUUCAACAGUAAACCUGCGGCUAGAUUUUAAUCUUGAUGGGGUCCUUGCAAAAGAUCCACAAGCAGGUCCUUCGUCCUCACUUGCGUUUCCACCUGAUAAUAUGACCAUGACUUAUGCUUCUUUGCAUGGAUGGCAAUCUGGUCUGCUUCAAUCAGGUCUUCCUGGUGAUGGAAAUUGUAUUGAUGCGUUCCGUAGAUCCAUCAAUUCCCAAUUCUCCUCUAUGAGUGGUGGCUACAGGGAUCCUUCAUCUCAGGUACCUACUGUAUGGGAUGAUCAGCUGCAUAAUGUUGUGGAUAUGGGAUUCAAUUCAACCGCACCCCUCAAUUGUCAGGAUUUAAGUUCUUUGCCACUCGACCAAAUGAAAACAGAACCUUGAAAUGUUUCAAAUUGUCAACCGAAUACACAUUCCGUUUCUCUGGGGAGUAAGUUGCAUAGAUCAUCGUAGCUCUAAGAAAGAUGAUACGUUUGGGAAGUUAUCACGCGGAGUCCCCAUCUCUUAAAUAGUGCUCCCGCCCCCUGCCGGAGGAGUUCUGAGUUCAGUUGUACAGCAAGUCCACAAAAUGUUCCCUUUUUAUGUUCAUUCUAUAUAGGUACAAAAAGUGAAGAUUUAUACAACAUGAUUGUGAGAUUCUUCCAUCAACAAAUGCAAAUGAGGGUUCACGAAUUAUGCGUUCCGGGUACUAUAUGCAAGCCUCUACCUUCUGCGUACACUCUACACUCCCCAGACCGCGCUUUGUGGAAUUACAUUGGGUAUGUUGUUGUUGUUAUUGUUGAUACUAUGUACAAGGGAGAAUAGUCAUUCAUGUUUUAGUUAUAAUCUGUUGUAUCAUUGAAAGAUGAAAUGGUUGUACCCUUAGUAUGUAUUGGAAGAAACUUGACAAAUGUGUGAUUUGUAUGAAAAAAAAGAAUGAAUAUGAAUAUAUUAAUGUAGUUCUU